UAUCUGGGCUUUUGGCUUUCCCUCUUUUUUCUUCUAUGGCAUUAACUAGUGUUUUUAACAACUUCAUAAUAGUAUCUCUUUGAAUCCUUGGUACCCCACACUUCCUUUAUCUUUAAAGUUAGCCCAACAUCAAGUCAUCAACAACUGACUCAUCACAAAAAAGCAAACCCACUUUAAUAGACCCCUCUCUAUUCCAUAAAUAAAUUCAUCGUCCUAGUUAAAAAAACAAAAAGAUUGUAAGUUUGAACUGUGAGUAGUUGAUUGUGAGGUCAAUCUCCAAGAUUCUACAAGGCUUCUUUGCUGAUACUCCCCAAAUGGAUGAGAGGAAUUAUUACUUCAUGAAUAGGAGCCAUAUUCGAGCAUUUGGUAGCUGGGACUGUAACGAUGAUUUCCCAAUUCCUUUCACGGAAUGCUUUGAAUCAGCUGAUUUGUUUCGUUACAGCUACUCUAAAGACCCUGAUCUCUACCAGAACGACAUUGUCACUCCAGCCAUGAUCGUCCUUCCUCCUCCUAAGGAAAGUAAAAUGAGAAUAAAAUAUGAUGGUGUUUCUACAGAGAAAAGCAAAGCAAGAUUUUUACAAGAUUUCCCCUCAACUGCUCUACGCCUCUACCCUAUGCCUAAAAGGAAAGGCGUUAGGGGAUUCUUUUCGAUGUGCCUGCGGCCAACUUGUGCUUCAUGAUCCCGAAAGAGCUUAAAGCUGUUUGCAAACAAAGAAAGAUUCAGAACAUAUAUAUAGGACUAGCUACUCUGUUCAUAUUUUGAAUCCUAGUUUCAUUGUCUAUAUUCUAAAAGAACUUAGUAUAGAGAUGUUUGAAGUAUUUCUUGGUUUUUUUAAAGCAGUAGUACAAAGUGGCCAAAAAACAGAUAGUAGAAUGUUGGCCAGCCCAAGAAGAUAAAUACCCAUCAUUAUCUUAUGAUGAUCACUGCGAAGCCUUCUCUAGUCUCUACUCUAUUGCUAGUAUAUAUGUUUCUUUUUGCAAGUA